AUGAAGAUCCUCACCCGAGCCGAAGAAGAAGACCAUUACCAGGCAGUUAUCAAAGGAGGCACCAGAUGGGGACUAACUGGCUUGACUAGUGGUACGAUAGCCGCAUCACUUGCCAAUCGGUAUUGGUCCGGAUUUCGGAGUUUAACUUUACCACUGAAAGCUUUUGCAGUCACAUCGAUCGGCACGUUUUCACUGAUAAUCGGAGCAGACAGAGCCUCACGCGCGUACGAAGAUAACAAAUUUGAUCAUGAUUUGGAUGGGCGUUGGGAUGACCAAAACUUGGAACAUCGCCUAGGCAUCGAAGAUCAGGGGGACGACCAUCAUCGCAAGAGAUCCGAUCGAUCAGAUUCAUUAAGCUCAAGAGAUCAACUCAUUGAAUAUCUGAAGCAGAAAAAAUACGAGAUCGUAAUAGGCGGCUGGGCUGCUUCAAUGGUUGGCUCCUUUGGAUUGGUCGCGGCGCAACCGAUGCCAUUUACACAGAAACUCGUCCAAGCAAGAAUGUAUGCUCAAAGUUUGACGGUCGCGAUGAUCCUCGCUUCGGCUGGACUGGCGAGUAUGGCGACUUCAAGUUCUAAUGAUGCCACAUCCGAACAAAGCCUACGCACCAAUUCAAUGUACAAGUUCAAGAAAGGCUCGCCUCAUGAACUGCGCGAGCAAGGACUCAAAGACUCCAAGAUCCGCCAGGUAUCUUAA